UUUGAGAGAGAAAUCAUUUGGUUCAAAGCUAUUAAAUAUCAUGGGUCGACCAAAAGGAUCACGAAACGGAAUUCGGCGAGUAGCAAUCAAAUAUCCAAAAUACCACGAGCUUCAUGGAAAGUGUUUUCAAUAUAUCUAUGUGAAUAAAAAUAUAUAUUCAAACCAAAAUGAAAGAAAUGAUGAUUUAAAUGAAAUCAAUGAAGAAUCUCAACUUCCCAUCUUUGAUUCGGCUGUUUUGAGAGCCUACAGAGCGGAUAAUUUUGAAAAAUGUAUCAAGUUAAUAGAAAAAAUCUUAGAUAACAAUAACGAUGAGUAUAAAAAUCACUACAAAAUUCUUCAGGCAGCCUCAUACACCAUGCUUGGCAAAGAUUUAGAUAAAAGUCAUGAGAUUCUGGAUGAAGUCUUGAAGGAAGAACCAUUCAACACAUCUGCCUACUAUGGAAAAGGCUUUGCAUUUUACUUGUCAAAUAAAUAUGAACAGAGUGUUAAAAUGCUUCAAAAGGCAAUAGAAAUAGAUCCAAGUGAAAAUAUGGAUAAAGCCAGGAAUCUGAUGAUGAGAAUCGACGUGAAUCAAAGAAAACUCGUGGUAAAAGUUAAAAAAAUGGAAGAAGAUAAAAGCUUGACACUAAAUUCUCAUGAUCCAUUUGGUAUGAAAAGUAUAAUCGACGCGUUCAAUAAAAAUUUCAAUAAAAAUCACUGCAUUGAUUUGAAAAAUAUUAGAGAAAAUAGUAAAUUUGGUGAAGAUGAUAUAGAAAAAAUGAAAGUGAACUGUUUCAAAGACAAAGAAAUGGAUUCCAUUAAGAAUGUUUGGAACAACGAUAAAGGAAACAACACUUUAGAAGAUGUGGAAAUGAAAGAAAGCUGUAACGAACAAGUUGACACUGAAAAUCCCCCCUCAAUUACAGACAUUCCAGAAUGUCUUCCGAAGUCUUUUGUGCCGAAAAGUGCUGAAGACUUCUUUAAAAAGGGAAUGGAACUUUAUAUAAGUGGAGUUCUGGAUAAAUCUGUAAAAAUGUUUGAGAAAGCAACUGAACUUGAUCCAAAAAUGGCAGAAGCUGAAGAAAUGGAAGUUAAAGCGCAAUCACUUAUUGAUCUGAUUGAUAUUGCUCAUUUCAACAUGACAAAGAAAAAGUACGAAACUGUUGCAGACAUUUUAAAUCAGGCUUUAGAAAUUGAUCACACAAAUGAUUACAUAAAUAGACUUUUCUACUUCCAAAGGGGUCUCGCUUUCUAUAAUCUUGGAGAAAGAGAAAAGGCUUGGAACGAUUAUGAGAAAUAUGAUGAACUCAGCAAAAAUUUAUUAUAA